AUGGGUAAAGAGAAGUUUCACAUCAACAUUGUGGUCAUUGGCCAUGUCGACUCUGGGAAAUCGACCACGACUGGUCACUUGAUCUACAAGCUCGGAGGUAUUGACAAGCGUGUGAUCGAGAGGUUCGAGAAGGAAGCCGCUGAGAUGAACAAGAGGUCCUUCAAGUACGCAUGGGUGUUGGACAAACUUAAGGCUGAGCGUGAGCGUGGUAUCACCAUUGACAUUGCUCUCUGGAAGUUCGAGACCACCAAGUACUACUGCACAGUCAUUGAUGCUCCUGGACAUCGUGAUUUCAUCAAGAACAUGAUUACUGGUACCUCUCAGGCUGAUUGUGCCGUCCUCAUCAUCGACUCCACCACUGGUGGUUUCGAAGCUGGUAUCUCCAAGGAUGGUCAGACCCGUGAGCACGCUCUUCUUGCCUUCACCCUUGGUGUCAAGCAGAUGAUUUGCUGCUGUAACAAGAUGGACGCUACUACCCCCAAGUACUCAAAGGGAAGGUACGAUGAAAUCGUGAAGGAGGUGUCUUCAUACCUGAAGAAGGUUGGAUACAACCCUGACAAAAUCCCAUUCGUGCCCAUCUCUGGUUUCGAGGGUGACAACAUGAUUGAGAGGUCCACCAACCUCGACUGGUACAAGGGACCAACUCUCCUUGAGGCUCUUGACCAGAUCAACGAGCCCAAGAGGCCAUCAGACAAGCCCCUCCGUCUCCCACUUCAGGAUGUCUACAAGAUCGGUGGUAUUGGAACGGUGCCAGUAGGACGUGUUGAGACCGGUAUGAUCAAGCCCGGUAUGGUUGUGACCUUUGCUCCUUCCGGUUUGACCACUGAGAAUGUUGCUGUCAAGGAUCUCAAGCGUGGUUACGUUGCCUCAAACUCCAAGGAUGACCCUGCCAAGGGAGCUGCUAACUUCACAUCCCAGGUCAUCAUCAUGAACCACCCUGGUCAGAUCGGUAACGGAUACGCUCCAGUGCUCGAUUGCCACACGUCUCACAUUGCAGUCAAGUUCUCUGAGAUCUUGACCAAGAUUGACAGACGUUCUGGUAAGGAGCUCGAGAAGGAGCCCAAGUUCUUGAAGAACGGUGACGCUGGUAUGGUUAAGAUGACUCCUACCAAGCCCAUGGUCGUCGAGACGUUCUCUGAGUACCCUCCUUUGGGUAGGUUCGCUGUCAGGGACAUGAGGCAGACCGUCGCCGUUGGUGUCAUUAAGAGUGUCGACAAGAAGGACCCAACCGGAGCUAAGGUGACCAAGGCCGCAGUCAAGAAGGGAGCCAAAUGA